CGAAGAAGGAAAAGACGAGCGAAGACACAGCGGCCAAACAUUUAGCUUCAGUUUUGGUUUAUUAUCUGGUUGUUUUUUCUUGCGAGGCAUUUUAAAGGAGCCUCUCAUCAUGGCACUGAAGUCGGGUGAGGAGCGCCUUAAGGAGAUGGAGGCGGAGAUGGCGCUGUUCGAGCAGGAGGUUUUGGGGGGGCCUGUAGCUGUAUCUGCUGGGGGUCCUCCAGUAGUGGAGGCUGUUCCAGUGGCUCUGGCAGUACCAGCUGUGCCUACUGUACCUAUGGUCCGGCCCAUCAUUGGCACAAACACUUACCAACGGGUUCAACAGAGCCUGGAGGCUCGAGCUGCUACACUGGUUGGUCCCCCACCUCCUGCAUUUGUUGGUCCUGCUGUACCUGCAGUGCGGCCUCCCCCAAUGAUGAGACCUGCAUUUGUUCCACACAUCCUACAGAGACCAGGGGGCCAAAGAAUGCCAAUGAUGCGUGGCCCGCCUCCACAAGGUAUGAUGGCACCUCCUCUGCCCCGACCCCCUCCACCACCACCCAUGAUGAUGGCCCCCCCAAUGGCAGGCCAUCCGCAGCACCCAAUGGGUCCUGUUGGCCCACCUAUGGGACCUAUGAAUUCAAUUUCACCUCAGGUUGACACAAUGAACCCAGUGGUGUCUGCACCGCCCCGACCAGUGACUCAGGCCUCUCAGAAACACACCCCUAGCAUUAUACAGGCAGCCCCCACUGUUUAUACAGCGCCACCUGCCCCUAAGAGACCGGACCUUCGAGCACAGAGACCAGCCCGCAUGGAGGAGCUAGCAGUGUUAGAAGCUGAACAGCAGGCAGCUGUGAUGACAGCCGGGCUCCUGGAUGCCAAGAAGGACAGCACUGCAGAUGACAGUGUCAUCGGGCCAAGCAUGCCCGAGCCAGAGCCUGUUCACCCAGAGCCAGUAGAUGGCAACACAGAGGAUAAAAAAAAAGGGAAACAAGAGAAGGUAAAGAAGUGCAUCCGAACAGCAGCAGGCACCACGUGGGAAGACUCUAGCUUAGCAGAAUGGGAAUCAGACGAUUUCAGGAUAUUCUGUGGAGAUCUGGGUAAUGAGGUGAACGAUGACAUCCUGGCGAGAGCGUUCAGCCGAUACCCAUCAUUUCUAAAGGCCAAAGUUGUGCGGGACAAGCGCACUGGGAAAACCAAGGGUUAUGGCUUUGUCAGCUUUAAGGACCCCAAUGACUAUGUGCGUGCCAUGAGGGAGAUGAACGGAAAAUAUGUGGGCAGCAGACCCAUUAAAUUGCGAAAGAGCACAUGGAAAGACAGGAACCUGGAGGUUGUACGCAAGAAGCAGAAGGAGAAGAAGAAGCUUGGGCUUAGAUAAUCUCUAGGAGUCUGAACUGAAUCUGUGUGGUAUGAGUGUGUGAGCGAGUGUUUACUUCCAUCUCCUGCUACACACAGACACAACCUCAGGUGUGGAAGGACUCGGAAGGAAUAAAGAACUUUUGAUGUUACAAUAACAGCCAUGAUGGCAGGUUCUGUGUCAGGGGAGAGGAGAGGAUCAGUAACACUUUUUAAUCAGUUUAAGCACUGACAAGUUUUGGCAUUGCCCAUGUGGUUAUGGCAUUUCAUCAGUCUCCAGCUUGGCCCACUUAAAAUGCACUGAUACCUGCUCCUUUUGUGUGUUGUGAGUCCUGCAAAUUACUUUCUGUUGACUGAAAUGGGAAUGCAAGAACAAUUUGUAGAUAUACAUAGAACGAUGAAAUUGGGUGUUUUAUCAUUUCGUCCCUGUUCUUGCUCACCUCAUUACCGGAAACCAUCGUCAUGUUCUGUUUUUUUAUUCUAAUGUUAGAGAAAGCAGGUAAACAAUAAUGCAAAACUUUUCAAUAAACUCAAAACUGUAUUUUA